AAGUCUUCGGAGGAGGACUGGGUGAGAAAGAGUGAGAGGGAAAAAGAUCUGAGAGCCCUCUGCAGGAACCACCUCAGAAGUGAACGCGCACAUAAUAAAAAUGGCCGUUUUUACGCAGAGUUAGCGCGUUUCGACGAUGUUUACAUGAUGUUUUAAAGGAAAAUCCCUCGCAUUUCGCGAAGAUCUGUACGUCUGGUGUUAUGUUGUUGCCAUCUUAGUGAGGUGUUCGUGAAGUGUUUAGUGAUAAGUUAGUGGACAUAAUCCGUGCAAGAAAGAAAAGAAGUUAUGGAGUCGUCGGCCACAGAGAACCUGUGUCGCUUGUGCGAUAAAAAGAGCGGAAUUAUGCUCAGCGUUUUCCAGAAGAACUCCGAAGGGCUUCAGAUUCUGAACGUGAUCAAGGACUGCCUACCGCUCGUGAUCUAUCGGACAGACCCUCUUUCCAAAUUCAUAUGCAAUGAAUGUCACAACAAUCUGGAGACUCUUUAUAAUUUCAAGAAAGGUGUCUUGGAGGUAAACAAUCAACACCGGAAGCAGUUGAAGGAAAAUGUUUCCAACUUUAAAGUGCAGUUAUACCUGGACAUUGUGGAUAACAACAAUUCAUCUAAUGAAAAGCUUCAGAAUGGAGAUCGAUCCGCCAAGUUGAUCAUGAAGGAUACAUCAACAUUGACGGAUUCAUUUCAUUAUAGUCGGAUGGACGAUGAUUCGGAUCUGAACUCGCUGAACUCCAUCAUGAUCAGGGUGAACGGCCACAACAACAAUGAUAUGGACAGCGACAUGGAUAUCUGCGAAGACAUGAACAGCGAACGCGACAGGGUCAUGCUGAAGUGUCGAAACAUGGAACCAUACACGAUGCCAAUCGUGAAGAAGAAGCGAGUCAUCGGACCAAAGUGCCAAAUGUCCCCGAAUCCGCGCAUCAAGAUGACCAAGUUCGUCAGGUACGAUCCUUUCACGUUGCUAAAGUGCAUCCUACACUCCCAAAAUAAACAACACGUACCUGAUUACGACGAGAAACCCUUCGAGGUGACGGAAAUGGAGCGAGAGGAGAUCAUACCUUUAUGCGUUUACUGCGAGGCUGUGUUUGAUAAUGAGAAUGAUCUGGCGCUGCACGAGAUGCAGUAUCACAUCAAACUUAAUCUGGAGAAGGUCGACGCUGAUGGCUAUUGGUCCAUGGACGAGUCCAAUGCGCUGGUCAGGAAUAAAUGGUACAACGCGCAAUUUGAUUCAGAAGAGUGCUCUACUAUGGACGACGAGGCCGAUGCAGAUGCUGAAAUAGAAGAGGAGGGCGACGAAGAAAUGGAAGAGGAUGAGGAGGACGAAAGUGAAGAUCUCCUUGUUCCUAUGGACGAGGACACCGAGAUGGACAUGCUGAAUGUAGCUAGGAGUUCCGAUAUAGUUUUCGUGAACGAACAGCCGACGCUGAACGGGAUUUCGCUCAAGGAUAUUCCAAAAGAUGAACGCGGUGAUUUCUACCAGAGCGUCCGUCUGAACGGCGCUAACAGGAAGUUCUGCAACCUCUGCAGGUAUACUUUUAAGGACAAUUGGGCCAUCGAGUUGCACUACAUGUCGCGGACUUGCUACUAUUCGUGCAACUACUGUGGAGUAAAAUUCAACAAGAACAAAUACUCUUUCGCGAAGCACAUCGAUGAUCAUAAGGCGGCCGGCCAUUUCAAGUCCGAUAAAGUCUUCGUGAACAAAUCUAAGAGCGGAACUGUACCGAAACUGCUAUCCGCUUCGUGUUUGCGACCAUUCAUACCAUCGACUAGCCAUUAUAGAAAAUUCAUUUCGAAAGUGAAACCAAUUAAGAUAAAAUCCUUGAUGGAGAAGAAAAAUGUCGAUACACUGAAGAUGAAGGAUGAUUUAGUACAAAUUAAAACGGAGCCAGGUCUGACACCAAUGACAACGGCGGAUCUGCAGAAGAGCGACAACAAGGCGUAUUUCUGCAAGAAGUGUUAUCAGGUGUUUUGCAGAUUGAACGAGUACAAUGAGCACAAUAAGCUGUGCACCGGGGAGAUUAUGGUACCGGAAAUGCAAGUGAUCAGGCCGUACCUUAAAAAGGAUAAAGAGCCGCUGAUCAAGACCCCAGUGAAGACGAAGAUCGAGAACGAUGUAGAAGUGUACUCAUCCACUGGCAGGCCAGUCAGACAUUGCGUGAAGGAGAUAUCAUCUUACUGCGACGAUGUUGAGUAUAAACCCCCACCGAGUACGCCGCCCACGACGUCGUCGACGGCGGCGGCUGCGACGACGACUGCUACUACCCUUCCGAAGUUAAUCAAGUCAAAGCAGAGGAAUAGUCCAGGGCAGUUCGAGUGCACCCUGUGCUCGUCCGUCUUCCCCACGGUGCAUUCAAGAAACAGCCAUAUGAGGAUACAUAAGGUUGGAUUCAGGAGGGCACCCGCAAGUCCUCCUCCUUCUUCACAGAGGUUGCCUUCUCGAUACGAAUCGAUGACGUCCCCCGAGCCGAUGAACCCCGCGAAACGCAUCAAACGUGAGCAAGACACCUUCGAACCAAUCGUGGAGAUACACGAAGGACCAUCAACGAAAGUACCAUCCAACAUCGGCAGCGUUAGCAUCACUCCAAUCAAUCAGCGUAACAAGGUGAGCGCUGAGAUCAUGGAGCUGGUGCAGAACAACCCGAACAUAACCAUCAAGACGAAAUCGGAUUCACCGGCUUCGUCGUAUGGCGGUAGCAGCAACAAAUCAAAUCAGCAGCAGCUACAACAGAGACAACAGCAGCAGCAACAACAGGAGCAGUUGCAACAGCAUCACUCUUUGUCCCCAUCCUCUUUAAUGGAAUCAUCCUCCGCGGAGAAGACGUACAAGUGCUCGAGUUGUUCGCAGCCGUUCGCAAACAAAUCGAACCUUUACUUCCACAAGAAGAACCAGUGCGGUGGGUCGCGAUAUCCGUGUCCCUUUUGCAAAAAACGAUUCGGCACCGAAGCCACAUACAGUGCACACAUAUUUUACAGCCACCCCGUAUAGUUGUCAAUGAAUCUAACAAAAGUAAUUUUUAUAUA